GUGAGAAGUGAUGAGAAAAAUGUCGGCUUGCUAGUUAUUUAAAGCAUCGGGAAAGAAAAAGUCAUUAUUAUUGGAUUGACGAACACUAAUUUAUGUGGUUAUCUUUCCUCAGUUAAGUUGGUGUAGAAAUAGUGCUUGCCGAUCAAGCCAAUACAGCAGGGCGCAAGAUGAGCCACUCCGAUAGCACGGAUACAACCAGCAGUAGUAGUACCAGUAAUACAAAGCCGGAGGAAAAUCAGGACGAACUCAUUAUUAAGCAGCAGCGAGAAAUUGAGCAGGAGAUUGCCUGUUCGAAUCCACUGGUGGGUGAUUCUCAAGCUAUCAUAAGUCUAUGUUCGGAGUACAUAGACGAUUCAGUUUAUAUUUCAAAGGUAAAAGACUUGUCUUCUAAAUACCGAGCAAUCCGGCGUACGCGUCCAGAUGGAAACUGUUUCUUUCGUGCGUUCGCGUAUGCAUACCUGGAAUAUUUAGUUAUGAACAAGGAGGAGUUCAGUAAGUUCUACGAGUAUGCGGCAAAAUCAAGAGAGCGACUGACAGAGGCCGGAUUCCCGCGGUUUACAAUUGAGGAUUUUUACGAAACAUUCAUGGAAGUUAUAACAAAGGUCAAACCGGAAGGUGAUGACACAACUGGAGCUUUGGCCGAGUUGCAUAAACUGUUUAACGAGCAGGGAUAUUCGGAUUACGUUGUUGUUUACAUGCGCUUGAUCACAUCCAGUCACCUGCAAGAAAAAGCAGACUUCUAUCAGAACUUCAUCGAUGGCAAUUACACGAUUGUAGAGUUUUGCCAUCAAGAGGUAGAGCCGAUGUACAAGGAAUCUGAUCACAUUCACAUUAUUGCGAUCUGUUCGGCUUUGGAUGCAGGUGUUCGCGUCGAAUACAUGGACCGGGGUGAUGGAGACAACGUGAUUGCUCAUGAUUUCCCAGAUGGCUGUAAGCCUAAUGUAUUUUUACUCUAUCGUCCUGGACAUUAUGACAUUUUGUACCCUAACAAAGAGGUGCAACAGUAAUCCAAUUUAAAUAUAACGAUGUUUUUCGACUCUUUCAAACACUCUAUUCAAAUCUAGAAAUCUAAACCGCUAGUGGAUGCUGUCAUCCGAUUACAAGUUCAAAUCAAAUAAAAUUAUGGACAGAAAGAUUCGUA